AUGGACAGCAAAAGAAUAGUGAAGAUGCAGAAGCUAUUGGUGGCAGUUACCUUGCUCAUAAGCACCAUCACUUACCAGGCCAAAGCCUUGCAACAGUUCGUGGAUGAACUCCCAAAACUGCCCACGGUCUACGGUUAUUGGAACCCCAAAGCUAAAUCCGGGUCGGAUAGACUCACCAUGGGCAUGUUCCCGACGAAAUGGAAAUUCCACCGUGAUUUACGUCCCACCAAUGUGUUCGCGUAUGGUGUAUCCAAGGACAAAGCCAGCGUGCCCGGUCCAAUAAUUGAGGCCCGACCGGGAAAACCAACCCAUGUGACGUGGGCCAAUUACCUUGGCGACACUCACCUUUUCAGCUCCACUCCCAAGGGCCGUGCCAUCCCAACCGUCGUCCAUCUCCACGGUGGGGUUCAGGACCCACAGAUCGACGGUCACCCCCUUGCCUGGUUCACCCAAAAAUUCAAUGACACCGGACCGGCAUUCAAAACCAGAACCUACACCUACAACAACGAACCACCCGCCGGCCCAGGGAACCUCAUUUACCACGAUUUUGCUAUCGGGUUAGCACGUGUCAACGUUCUCGCCGGCCUCUUUGGCGCUUACGUAGUCCGUGACCCGGACCAAGAAACCAGAAUCUUCAACUUCUUACCGGAGUUCGAACGACACUUGGUCAUUUUCGAUCGGAGCUUCUCAGGCAACGGCGAAUCUAUGACCGUAGACCCGACCGGCGACAGGGAUGUCAUCAUAGUUAACGGCAAGGCCUGGCCGUUCUUGAACGUUCAACCACGGAGGUAUCGUUUCCGUAUCACCAACGUCUCGAACAAACGUUAUUUCCGGUUCCAUCUCCAGCUGCCAAACCAAAACCAGGCACCCCCUUUCAUCCAGUUAGGAUCCGACUCGUCCUACCUCCCAUCGCCGGUCAGGACAAGCCAGAUACUCCUAGCACCGUUCGAGACUGCCGACGUGAUAAUCGACUUCGCCAACUUGCGCAAUAACACCUGA